AUGGACUCUCUUUUCAAUUCCACGAAGACAAAUCCGCGCGGUAUCCCUGAGGCUCCUUUUGUGGAGCGUGUCGAGGACUUUAUCAAAGACCCCAGCGAGUUCGAGCUAUGUUUCAAUAAGUUCCAGGAGCGGCUUUCGAAGUACAAGUUCAUGCAGGAGUCGAAGCUGUCGACAAUUGCACAGCUGAAGGCGAAGAUACCAGAUAUUGAGAAUGCACUCGCAAUGUGCCGGCUGCUGAAGGCGAAGCAGACGAGUGAGGAGCCAGUAUUAGAGACGAACUACCAGCUGAACGAGACAUUAUAUACUAGGGCUGCCAUAGAUGCGUCAGAUGACCUACAUGUUGGGCUGUGGCUGGGAGCGGAUGUGAUGCUAGAGUACUCCGUGGACGAGGCUAUCGAGUUGCUCAUGCAGAAGCUGGAGGACGCCCGCAGAAAUCUCGCCAUCUCGAACGAGGACGUCGACUUCCUGCGCGAGAACAUUACGACAAUGGAAGUGAACUGUGCUCGACUGUAUAACUGGGACGUAGAGAAGCGCCGCGCGCUAAAGCAGGCACAGGAGGGGACGGAGAACCUCAAGAUAUAG